AGGUCCGGACGGUAAUAUAGUUACAGACGAAGGUGUAACAGUCGAACGUGAUAAGUAUCAUUUUGAAAUUCGACUUUCUUACAAAUUCAUGCGAGAAAAGGUUUUUGAUGAAGUUGUCGAUAAUACAAUUGACUUUUUGAAGAGACAAAUAAAGAAAGCUAAUGGAAACAUUAAAUACACCCAUCUGGUGGGAGGCUUUGGCGGAUCACCAUACUUGCGCAAACGUAUUUUUAACGAGUUUUCUUUCGGGCACCCAUUACACAUUGGGAGUUUAAUCCAGAAUGAUCGAGGUAAUACAGCAGCAAUGCGGGGUGCCUUACUGUAUGGUAUUGAUAGCAGUAGACAUGAGACCCAAACUGAUGUUAUACUUUACAAAUACGAAAAUGCUGCCACAUCGAAAUACAAUGCUCUUGUUUGUUUAGAUAUCGGAUACGACGGGAUCGCGUGUUCCCAUAGAGAUUUGAGAAGUAGAGACGAUAACAUGACAGAUAUUGUAGAUUGGUAAUUAAUUGGAGUAUAACUUAUGGGGCAUAUUUAACGUGUGCAAAUAGGCCUGGUUUAGAUCGGCAUAAUCCUACUAUCCCUACAGCAAAAG